AUGAAAUCUACAGUACCCUGUGUCUUCCUAGCGUUGCUGGUUUGCAUGCUCCUCGUCGCCACAACCGCUGCGACGGGCUUCAACUAUGCUGACGCCCUCGACAAGAGCUUGUUGUUCUUCGAGGCGCAAAGAUCCGGUAAACUUCCAUCAACUCAGCGAGUCACAUGGCGGGGCGACUCGGGACUCCAGGAUGGCUAUUCACAAGGGGUGGACUUGGUUGGAGGGUAUUAUGAUGCAGGAGAUCACGUGAAGUUUGGGCUGCCAAUGGCAUUCAGUUUGACAAUGCUUUCAUGGGGAGCUAUCGAGUUCAGGAAAGAAAUUACAGAGUUAAACCAAAUGGGGAACACAUUAUGGGCCAUUAGAUGGGGUACUGAUUACUUCAUGAAAGCACAUCCACAGCCUAAUGUUCUAUGGGGACAGGUGGGCGAUGGGGCAUCUGAUCAUUAUUGUUGGGAGCGAGCUGAAGACAUGACAACUUCAAGAAGUGCUUACAAGCUUGAUGCAAAUAAUCCUGGUUCGGACCUUGCUGGUGAAACUGCUGCUGCCUUGGCUGCGGCUGCCAUAGCUUUCAAGCCUUAUAACUCUUCCUACUCCAAUCUACUUUUACUUCACGCCAAACAGCUUUUCUCAUUUGCGGACACGUUCAGAGGUUUAUAUGAUGACUCCAUCUCGUGUGCCAAGCAAUUCUACACAUCAUCUGGUUAUUUGGAUGAGCUAUUGUGGGCUGCUUCCUGGCUGUACCAAGCAACCAAUGAUGAGUACUACUUGAAGUAUGCAGUGGACAACGCUGCAGGCUUUGGUGGGACAGGAUGGUCGGUCAGGGAAUUCUCAUGGGAUAACAAAUAUGCAGGUGUACAAAUCCUUCUUUCAAAGGUACUGCUGGAGGGAAAAGGGGGUGCCUACACUAACACACUAAAGCAAUAUCAGGCCAAGGCCGACUACUUUGCCUGUGCUUGUCUCCAAAAAAAUGGUGGCUACAAUGUCUUCACAACUCCUGGGGGCUUAUUGUACGUACGUGAAUGGAACAACAUGCAAUACGCCUCAUCGGCAGCAUUUCUUCUUGCUGUGUACUCUGAUUACCUCUCUGCAGCAAACGCCAAGAUCACCUGUCCAGAUGGCCUAAUUCAACCUCAAGACCUCCUCAAUUUCGCCAAGUCACAGGCUGAUUACAUUCUUGGCAAAAACCCAAAGUCCAUGAGUUACUUGGUUGGUUACGGACCACAGUAUCCGACCCAUGUUCACCAUAGAGGUGCUUCUAUAGCCUCUAUGCAAGUUCUCCAUUCUGCGGUUGGAUGCGUACAAGGCUUCGACACAUGGUACUAUCGCCCUGAGGGAAAUCCUAAUGUCAUCUAUGGAGCCCUGGUGGGCGGUCCGGAUAAGAAUGAUAACUUCUCCGAUGACCGCUCCAAUUACGAAGAAACCGAACCUACACUCUCUGGCUCUGCUCCUCUAAUUGGCCUCUUCUCUAAGCUUCAGGGUGUAAAUGGUAUUUCAGGUAAUUCCUAUCUCGCAAAACAACCAGUACUGGUCCACCAAAAACCACCAACAACACCAAGUACUAGCUAUCCCUACAAAACACAGGCACCUGGCCCCCCAAAAUCAUCAGAAUUUAUUGCAGCUGCCCCGGUUGAGUUUCUUCACUCCAUAACUAGCACAUGGAGUCUAGCACAAACGACUUAUUACCGCCACAAGGUGAUAAUACAAAACACAUCUCAGAAGCCAAUUACAGAUCUCAAGCUGGUGAUUGAGAAGCUCUCGGGGCCUCUCUGGGGCCUCUCUUCAACUAAUGUAAAGAACAUCUACGAGCUUCCUCAGUGGCAGAAAGUCUUGAACCCUGGCUCAGAGUGCAUUUUUGUUUACAUACAAGGUGGCCCUCAAGCUGUGGUUUCAGUUCUAAGCUACCACUAA